UACCUCCUUCCUUUGCAAAAAAGCUUGGCUGGAGUUAUAAUCUUAAAUGUUCUGUCACGGGGAAUAUUCAAAAUCGAUCCAUCGUGUUUCAACGCAAUAGUGUGAGGAUUUGUCAAAUCCUUUCGUACAGAGCAGUGAAUUUACAUUGUAACACGACUUAUGGCGUAUUAAGUGGAUAUGAAUGUCAGUGUUUUGGACCCAAGAACGACACCUUAGUUUACAGAGUAAUGAUAAAAUCAUUCAGUACAGAAGACGCCACAAGGUGGAGCUGUUCCUCUGUUGACAGUGAUGGAGCCUCUGGUCCUAUGUAUGUCAGCAACUUUGUCUUCCUCUAUUUUUCAGGUGUUACUCUUUCUGGAAAUAAGGAAAUGUUUGAUGCUGACGGUUUGAGCUCGAUUACGUUCACCUGUACAACAAGCAACAUGGCAGGACGAGCAGAGUUCACGUGGAUGAACAAAACGUCUGGAGCACAAAUCGAAAACAAUCUGAAUUUAUCUAAACAUUACGACGCAUACAGUCAGGAGCUUAAAUUUAUUCCACACUGGUAUCAAGAUGGAAACAAAAUUGUAUGCAAAGCUUUCGAUGCAGAUACGAACAUGACAACAACGUCAAAUGUUAAAAUCAUGAAUUUAACAUAUCCACCAUUGGCACAUCCAGUGAUAAAGCAAGACAAUAAUUCAAACACGCCACUUGAUUCAGAAAUCAUAACUCGCGAAGGCGCCAUGCUACACCUAUCAUGUGAAGUAACUGGAGGAAAGCCCAGUGUGUCAAACGUCAGUAUAGUGUGUGGUGGUAUUACAGUGUACACAACUGAUGGAGCUGUAGGUCGUAUAUCGUUUGAAGUGUUGAGAAACAUCCACCAUCACACCUGUCAGUGUUCAGCCACCCACAUCACUGGUCGAUAUAAUCUAACUGCAACUGUCACAAUCCUGGUUAACUAUGCUCCUGAUGUGACAGUACGACAUGACUUCGACUCGAGUGAGAAGAGUCUGAAGGUGAUAUGUCAAACAGAAGGGCGUCCAGAGACGUACGGCUUCACCCCAUUCAUCCACUUCUGGAAUAAGUACAAACUCAGAGAGUUACCAGGACAACUCGUGGAAUUUAACAGAAACAUCUUGACGAUUUAUAACGUGACAUAUGCUGAUUCAGGCAGGUACCAGUGUGGUGCCAGUAAUGGCAUUGAUGGGUUGAACAAGGUCAAAGUUCAAACUGGUUUUACGUCAGUAGAAUUUGGAGGUAGGUAAAUAUUUUGCUAUUUUCAUAAAUAGGCUUAUUGCAUAUCAUUAAGCAUCACAAAGAGUAUGAGAGAACAAACCCGC